AUGAGCGUCAACUGGGUGAUGCGUAACCAGGAAGGCAAUUUCGUCCUUCUCCCAGGCGAAAGACACAUCUGGCGAUCUUCACCUCGCACAGCCUUCUCCCUGACUAGUCCAAGAUCGUAUCCCGGGCAAAAUCCGAUAAAUAUUCAGUGUACGGCCGGAGUCCUGUACUUGACCAACCAGCGCAUCGUCUACCUACCGGAGAAAGUCGGGCCAGACUUUCAAUCGUUUUCGGCUUCACUGCUCAACCUCCAUGACACGCACACAGUACUGCCAUGGUUUGGGCCUAAUGCGUGGGUGGCUAUUGUCGAGCCUGUCGCGGGAGGCAAUAUUCCGCAGGAACAUCACAUUGAAUUGAAAAUCACUUUCAACGACGGCGGAGCUCCGGAUUACUCUGCAAACUUCGAGAGAAUCAAAGAGCGCUUGCAGCAAGCAGUUGAUGUCGCACGCGAGAGCAACAUGAACGGCAGACCCCAGGCUGGGGUGGCGGGCGUCAACCUAGAGUCGGUUCAUCUGGAUCAACUCCCGACUUACGAGAGCUCGGCUACGGACAGGAUGGCUCCAGAAGCGUCUCAAGAACUAGUGCAGACAUAUCCAACUAGAAGUGCAGCGCCGCCGACCGGAGGUGCUGGGCUGUCUCAGCCAGAAGCACCAGCAGAGGCACCUCCAGGGUACGAGGAAACGCAGCAAAGGAGCGUUCAGGAGGAGCUGGAUCGUAGAUUCGCGGCCUGA